AAACUUAUCGAUAGUAUCUUUUUUUUUGCCAUCUUCAAUAGCUGGAUAUACAUUUCGCAAAUCCCACAACAUCAAACAACCGAAGAAAUGCGACGCCGGGAGCUGCAAACCAUCCAACUAAAGCUGUCCGAGCUCAAGGAGUACGAGCAGGCCAAAAUGGAGCGCCUAAGGAGCCGGCAGCAGGUGCUGACGCCACGCACGCCCACUCCCACAUCCGACAGUGAUGUUCUACAGAUGCCGUCCAGCAGCGUUCCGGCUGUCCUACUGGCCAGCGGCACAGAUCCAGAGGAGGAGCCCAAGGCCACACCCAAGUCCAGCACCACAUCCACAUAAGGGUACGCGCACACGGAGGCUACAAUUCUUCACUACCUCACUGGAUGCAGCACCUACAUAUAUUUUACAAAUAUCAUAGUUUACAUCAACUAUUUAAUGUUAAGAUACUUUUCCUGACAAACCAAAUACGAACCGAAUUUAGGGUUCAGAAUGUACUCUAUAACUAAAUAUUAUAUCAAUUUUA